AUGCAACAGGCCUCCUCGCCUGUCCUCCAGCAGCUCCGGUCACUGCACCCUGGUGCCCUUCAGACGCUCCACCAGUCGCCAGACGGAACGCUAUACCCCCACAACCAGGUCCUACCGGAGCUUCAAAACCUCCACACGAGCGAUGUAUACCAACACCAAUAUGCCCUGAGCGGGCCACAACACCCACCACCACCCUCACAUGCCCACGCGCUGCCAGUGCAUUUCGAGCAACAUGCGCUUCCGCCUUCAGGUCCGUACCCGCCUUUUCAGCCGGCGGGCUAUCAACACGGCGCGAGUCCACGAUUCAUGAACGCGCCCCCUCCCCCACUCCAAGACCACGCGCAACAGUAUCACGCGUCUCCUCCUCAGACGGUACAACGCCCGAUUCAACAGCUUCCCCUGCCACCGCCUGCACCGCCCAUACUCUCGGCACCGCAACCGCUGCCACGACAUGUAGAGCAGGCGCCGUUGCCGCACAAGCAAGAGAGUCAGGACGAGGACACUCCAUUGUCCAAUCAUGGCCAAUUUCAAGGCCUGAAGCUCAUCCCCAACCCGCCAGACUUGGAGCAAUGGAGGGAGAGAUUGUUUCACGUGGAUGACAUGAUUACUCUGACUGAGGAGCAAUUUCAAACUUACUUCCCGCAUAUCGACAACGUCUACUCGCAUCGCUCGACCCAGCGCCACAAACGGAAGCGCUUCGUAUCACACUACUGGGACUGUCGGCUCAAGGGCCGGCCACCAGGAACCAAAAAGUCCACAGAUCCAGAUAAGAAAAAGAGGAAGAGAAUUGCGAGAGAGCGGGAUCUAUGCGAUGUCAAGAUCAAGAUCACCGAGUUCUUCGAUCGACGCGAGUAUGAGGAACAGCUUGGCCGGCGCCCGCCAGGCACGGAAAACGAUCCGCCUAGCCCGAUAGCAUCCAACAUGCCCAUCAACCCAGGUCUGAAUGGAAGCCAGAAUCAGAACCCGCAGUUCUUCGGACAGCCACCGUUGCUACCACAGCAGCCAGCUGGAACCUGGGAUGUACCUCCAAACAUGGCUUCUCAGUCAGGAAUGAACAUGCAGGAAUACCCAAUAUCAUCUGGCUCUUCGUCCAAGAAGUUCUAUACAUUCCAGCGAGUCAAUGGAAAUGGCGGGAAUGGCAAAGGCGACGGCGUUGCUGGGCCACAUAAACAUACACUCGAAGAGAGUGAUCGCGUAAAGAAGAACAGCGUCAUCAGAUGGCAGGCAAAGAUCGACAAAGAUGACAGGAGGAAAAUGCAGGGCGGAGAUUCUUCCAAGAAGACGUACCACAAGAAAGCCACUGGAAAUGCUUUGACAACAGUCAAGAACCAUUCGAAAGAGGACGAUCUUAAGCUGUACGGUAGCGCGUUCUGCCCCUUCGUGCAGCGCGUAUGGAUAUCCCUAGAGCACAAGCAAAUACCCUACCAAUACAUCGAAGUGGAUCCCUACAAGAAGCCCCAAAGCCUUCUCGACGUCAACCCACGCGGUCUGGUACCCGCUAUCCGACACGGCCCAACAUGGUCAACCCACGAGUCAACCGUCAUCAUGGAAUACCUUGAAGACCUUCAAACCGGAUCCCACCUCCUGCCCCCAGAUGCACAAACGCGCGCUACCUCGCGCCUCUGGUCUGACCACGUCAACCGCAAUAUCAUCCCAUGGUUCUACAAGCUCCUCCAAUCCCAAGACUCCAACGACCAAGUUUCCCACGCAAAGGAACUGCGCGAUCAGAUUGGCAAGCUAGUCGAUGCCGCAGAUCCCGACGGCCCUUUCUUCCUUGGUCCCCAGAUCUCUUUCGUAGAUGUACAGAUCGCGCCGUGGGUGCUACGGUUGCGUAGGGUGUUGGGACCGUAUAGGGGCUGGCCCGAGGCUGAAGAGGGAAGCAGGUGGAAGCGAUGGAUCGAUGCGAUUGAGGCGGAUAGGAGUGUCAAGAUGACUACUAGUACUGAUGAGCUUUAUUUGGAUAGCUAUGAACGGUAUGCGGAGAAUAGGCCGGGGACUAGUCAGCUUGCAGACGCUGUUAACAGUGGGAGGGGUCUGCCUUGA